UAAUUAACUAUUAAUAUUUAUUAUAUUCCAUAAAAUUCGUAAUCAAAAUACUAUAAGUGUUGGUGUCAAUAAUUCCGAUUCAACAAAAUGGCUUGCCCUGUGGAUUGUAAGAAACCGAAAUGCUUGAGUAUGAAGAAGGGUUUAGUGGACUUUAGCAAGCAACCCAUCGUAUGGGUCCUGGGCGGGCCUGGCUCAGGUAAAGGCACGCAGUGUGACAAAAUCGUGGCGAAGUAUGGAUUUACCCAUCUCUCAUCCGGGGAUCUUCUGCGUGCUGAAAUCAAGACCGGCAGUGAACGAGCGAAUAACCUCAAUUCUGUUAUGCAAGGAGGUGGACUGGUCCCAAACGAGGUAGUCCUGGAUUUGCUGAAAGAGGCAAUAGACAAUGAAGCUGGCAAGUCCAAUGGGUUCCUCAUCGAUGGCUAUCCUCGGGAGGAGAAUCAAGGGCGAGCUUUUGAAGAGUGCAUCGGCCCAGUCACUACCUUAAUAUACUUUGAAGUGUCCGCGGAGACGAUGACACAGCGACUGCUGUCGCGUGCAGUCAAUUCUGGCAGGGUCGAUGACAACGAGGACACCAUCAAGCUACGCUUGAGGACCUUCUUCGAAAACAACGACAAGGUUCUCGCGUCGUAUUCUUCGAAACUGAACAGGAUAAAUGGUGAGAGGCCAGCGGAUGAAAUUUUUCGUGAUGUCGAGGCAAUACUAGACCCUAUUGUAGCAAUACACAGCUAAAUGAUAUUAGAACAGUUCGUUUUUAUUUUAUAUAAAUAAAUCUAAUUUAUAAAA